UGAUAUGUCAAAUUCCAAACUCUAUUUGUCUGGUGUAAUUUCGUGUUGGUUCUAACUAAAUAUUACAUCUUUUUCUUUAUAUAUUUACAGUGUUUGAUAUAUUAAAUGUAGUUAUUUCUUAAAAAUUAUUAGUGAUUUUAUAUAUAGUGCCAAAUUGAUGUUUCGUCUUUACUGGUAUUAUGAAUCAGGUUGAACAAAAUAUAAACAAAGAUAUGAUUGAUUCUGAUCUAAUCGACGUGGAAUCUUUGGAUUUUUCCGAUAGUCAGACAUGGUUGUACACACUGCCAGAUGACUCUGGCAAUAAAGUGGACAUCAUUGAUUGGAACCUGUCCUGUGACUGGCCCGUCAAUGAGGACAAUGAGUAUGUUAAGUUGGAGAAAGAUCUUUAUGCUGUACUCGACAACAUACUCAAAAAUGAAAUCGUCACGUUGCCAGACAAACACAAAUUCGACUCGAGAACAUACGUGAAACCGAAAAAACGAGUUCAGAGGCCGAGUAUACAAAGCAUCGUAGAGGUCGCUUCAAAUCCAUCGUCCAUGUCUCCAAACCCCUCUCUUAACCAGUCCACAAACAAAUAUUUAACGUACAAUAAAUACAAUAUGCCACUGGGCCCAAUCAGUCCAAUGUUGAGAUUAAAAACCUUCAACGUUGAUACGAAUACAGAAAACAGUCAUGCUGUCAAAGAGUACGCAAUGAAAAGAAGGAGUUUAGUUCAAGAUGAUGAUCCACAGCUGGAAGACCUGGAUGUAUUGCCGUCAGGUGACCCAUCGGAUCGUCUAUCGGAACACAUGCCUUCGAAACCAAUUAACAUAGAUCUGUCACAGCCGGCGCAUAACUUCAACAAUACAUUUAACAAGGGUCUCUCAAACAUAAUGAACGAGCGUGGUAGUCUGAAUAUGUACCAGAGUGGCGAGUCACUUAUGCGGAUGUCCCCACCGAGCCUCGUGUCUUCCUUACUUAUGGAGAGCUCUGGGACGUUUAACGCUGAGUCGCUCGACAGUCGAAAGUCCCUACCCUCACAUAGGGAUUCAGGUGUACCGAUGUCAGGCCGUGAUAGUAUCGACCCAAUGCUGACAAGUAUGACAUUAAGUAUCCUAGACGAAAAAGAUAUGAGCACAAGUUUCCUAUCGCAAACCACAUAUCCAGAUAAUGAUAGCCUAAUGGACUCUUUACCUCCGAGCCUGGUCAGCUCAGUCAACUCUUCCUAUAUCAUCUCCAACACAUCAAAACCAAAAGCUGAUAACACCGAUUCAAAUAUAUUUAGUUCAGCCACAUUCACACAUUUAGAGCAGUCCGAAAAACUUCUCUCGGCAAGACCUAGGUGUCAAAUGUAUAAUAGCUUCACAAAAAAAGACCCACCGAUCCGAACACCUGAGAGCUACACAAAACCCCGAGAAGAGAGUUGUCAAAUGGACCCCGUUAAAGUGUUAAACGAGAACUGUGAUAAAAAAGACUCACCUAAACAGGUCCCGCCUAAAAUGAGCCCAGAGAUGGGAGAGACAAUAACGCUACAUUACGCUAAUAACAAAUUUAGCAGAGCAAACGAUGCAGAGAAAGAAAAUUUAAACGCGACGUUCGAACAAGAUGACGCGUUUUACAAAGAUAUGGGCAUGCAGAGGACAACGGAUUUAGGGAAAAACAGCCUGAACGUAACCCUGGAUAAGCAGGAGUUGAACGAAAUCAUACAGGCUCGGCAGAAGCUGUCUCUGGCGAGGAAGGCGUUGCCAACAGAGCCGGAUAACCAAGACACGUCGCCUAUCAAAACGAUACAGCUGCCGAAUCAAACGAUCACCGUUCCGAGACAAAGCAUGGAGAACGCAUCAGAGCUGCUGUCCAAGCGGAGAGCGUUGAACGGCGGAUUUGAUAGACACGACGAACCUACCAGAGAGACGCCGAAACGGAACGCGACCUUCAAGAAGCCAUCGCCGAAGAACAACGCCAUGGACACGACAGUGGUGUACGUGAAAACGGACGAGAACCAAAUGAUCGAUAUCAACUCGGCUACUUUGAACCUCAUCGAUGCCAGCGAAAGGACGUUGCAACAGGAGGAGUGGUGCUCGCAAGAACGUGCGAUGGUCGGGUCUAGUGAGAGCACGGACACUGGCACGUUCAGCUCUUCCAGUCCUCCUGAUAGUGUGCCUGAGGCGGAUCCACUUAAUCACACGCGCACACAAAUAGCUUCAACACCACUGACAGCAAUCAAAAAGGGCACCAAAAAUGAUCUAUUAAACCUACACACCACCAUAUCACCCAUUUAUGAUAUGAUCGAUGAUAAAUCCUAUACCGUAACCAAAGCGCUCAGUUCCAAUUCAGCGAUGGAAAGGACUUUCGAUCUACAUAAUACAACAGUCAUAAAUAGUGGGACAAUUGUGAAAAAAUCCGCCAAAAGGGAUAUCUUAUCCUGCAAGGCUAGCCCUGAGAAGAAGAUGGGACCAGCGGUUCCACCUACGUCAUCUCCAAGCAGAAUCUCAUCUCUUAAUACAGGCACUCACAGUUCGAUGGCUCCACCAAGCAACGUACCGAGAAAAACUAACUUGCCGACCUCCAAACUUAGGCAGUAUAGCUCACACAGAGAACUUAGCAGGAUACCCGGUGGCAACCCUACCGGACUGCCCCGCAGCUCGGCCGGGCGCACGAUGGUCCGGCGCGGGGUGUACGCCUCCAACCCCGCGCUCAGCCCCACGUCCGCCGCGCCGCCCGUCACACCCUUACGGCGGGAGUCGUACACACUCACCAUUGACACACAGAAUGAUGACCAGCCCCAGAAGCCGGUCGUCACCGCGCCCCCCGCACUCGUCCGACAAGGCACCGAGACGUUACGCAGGGAGCGGCCGCAGAGUCAACUGGUGGCACCCAGAGAUCUGCGAGGCGGCGCUACGGUCGGCAGCGGCGUCCCAGUAUCGAUGCGAAACCAUCAUAUGCCCCCACCAACGACACGGCCGUACUCGAUAGCGGGCGCCUCCCAGCUUCGAGUUGCGAGGCCAAUUUCGGUGCCUUCACAGAAACCAGCGCCAGUGGCAACAGUAGCGGCGACAACUGAGCAGCCGCGGCCAGCGUCGUCGGAGGCGCGCGUGUCGGCACUACCGCGACCAUCGCGGCUUCCCGCGCCUCGCCGCGCGCUCAGACCGCCAUCAGUAUACUCAGUAGCGCCGACAGCGGACGUGGACCAUUACUGACGAAUACUCUGCUGUGCCAACGUGCUGGGCGCGAAGCCCUAGCGCACCCAGUAAAUUUAGAGUUACUAACGACUGACCGAAGUAACACUGUGUCUUGAAAUUUACCAUUGUGAUGGUUAUUCGCUUCACUAAAUACAUUUUUAGACCUUUGUUUUUUUUUGUAGAUGUUUUUAGAACCAAUUGUUGCCAGUAUUUAGAUGUACUGUUAGGGCUCUUUCACACGUGCCGCGGCGCAAAUCAAGUGAUCGCAGAGAAACAUGCUCAUGUAUAAAGAUAUAAUUUUUAAUUGAAAAAGAUAAAAACAAAUAAAAUCAGCUCCGUGUGUAAGUGACAAAGAAAUCUAUCGAUAGAUACGUUUUCGAUACUGCAUGCUUGAGACAGAACGAGACAGCAAUAUUUGCCGUCUUGCUUUUGCUUUUACAUGCGAUAAGUUAUUGUCUAUCGAUAAAUUCGUUUGCCAAAUGUCUAGCGGAUACCAAGCAUCACAAGGUGGCGCCGCGGAAUUGUGUGGCAGAGCCCCUAGUUCUUUUAUAAAAUCCAUUGGGAUAACGAAUCUUGACAAAUAUAAGCGACAUUCCGCUCUCUAAGAAACAGGUAUGGAAUGGAGCACGUAGGUAUAAUUAUGGGAACUGUUAAAUUAACACACUGACCAAUUUUUUAAACAAUUAGGUAUGAUUUUGUAGAGAGAUAACAAUUAUUUAAUUGAUGCGACAAUUUGUUUAAAAAUGGAACGCAAAAUAUGAUAAUAAUUGGCUGAAAAUUAAAUACUAUGCGCUCACGACUAUAAUCUGUAGUGGGUGUAGUCAGAGACAUUGUCGCUUGGCCUAAAAAUGUUCAUUAUAACUUCAUACUCAAUGAUUUAUAUUAUGUAAAAUGUAUAUGUUCGACAUCCAAAAUUUUUGUCGCGAAAAUUUUGAUAAUGUCACAAAACUGAGGCUUGAAAUCUGCUUUUCGUACGUCGAAAAGUCACAAAUUUCAAUCUCGUCGCAUAUUCUGUAUUGUGAAGCUCUCUAAGGGUGGUUGUAAGUGAACACUUCACGUAACCUCGUAACGUGUCUGCUCAGCAUUAUAAAAAUGUUAAUUUGUUCUUAUUUGUUUCGUAUCCAACAUUUCACCAUCCAAUGGUAGCAGGUUCGAUCCUAGUUAAUGACAAAUUUAAGUAUGCGUGUUUAUUGUCUAGUUGCUACAGUAAAGACUUUUAGUUUGGCACUAGAUGGCGUGUGAUAUAUCCGACUCGUAAACUUAAUAUAAUGUACAUAUAUUCGUUAAACUAUGGCAAAAGAAUUUGUCGGUAGACACGUUUUCGUUACAGCACUUGUGAGAAAGAACAAAACUUAAAAUAUUGCUGUCUCGUUCUCUGACAGAUGAGAGCAAACGCUGCAGACGCGAUACGAUGGUACGUAAAAAUUGUUGGUGUCUCGAACGCACCCUUACAAUGUUCUCAUCUUUGAAGCUCAACAUAAAAAAAAAAAAGAUUGUAUCUGAAUUAUAAUUUGGUACAAAGACAUACAAAUUAAGAUAUUAUUCCUAUAUUAUUUACAAAUUUAGUAUGUUAGUAUAAUAAUAUGGAAUGUUAACUUCGUGCUUAGUAAUUUAUUUCAUAGUAAGACAUUUUUGCAUUUUGUUUAUUUACGAGAUUGUAAUCGUUUAGGAACGUGUAAUUAACUGUACUUUGUUUGGUUUUAGAAAAUAGAUAUUUAAUAUACUUUGUAACUUUUGUAUUAUAGUGAUAUUUCGAGUAUACGCACAGCACGAUGACACGUAUUUGUAACAAAAUAUCAAUUAUAAACUUCAUAUACAGGGUGUGAUGAAAAAUUUUAAAUUUGCAUGCUCAGUAUUCAGGAAACUGAUAUUUCUAUCCGUUUUCCUCGAGGAAGGUUUCUUGAUGUGAAUACUAUUAGUUAAUUAGUUGUGUUACACCCUGUAUAUCGACUAAAUUUCACAUAGCGAUGGUACAGUAAACGCACAAUAUAUAUAUAUAUAUAUAUAUAUAUAUAUAUAUAUAUAUAUAUAUAUAUAUAUAUAUAUAUAAUUUAAAUAAAAAUCUCUUGUACAUUUUGUAAAUUCUAGCCUUAUAUUUAAUAUAUGUCUAUAUCACUUUAUAUCAAAAAAUUUCUACAACUCUCCUAUUAUAUUACAUAUCGAUUCAAUUUAAUGAAGAACUACAUAUGCAUGACUGUCUAUGGAAAUAUCGCUUUGACAUAUAAUCAAAUUGCUUUUUAGUCUCUAAUAAUAAUAUAUUCCAUAUUGUAUCCAUCGAUAAAUUGCCGGCCAAAAUUGCAGUGUAUUGAGCGGGUACUCAGCAACAGCAUUACAGAUUGCGACUGCAUUGUAUAUUUUGUAAAAGUAACUUUAAUUAUAUUAUGUACAGGGCUGAAUUUUGUCUGUCAUUACUACUGGGGUAUUGGACGUUUCACAAAAGAUAAUGUGAAUUGUAUAUUUGCUCUAUUUUUGUAUUUCUCUUUCACUUUCUAUCACUAAAUAGUUGUGCUUAAGUGGACGAAACAGCUAUAUGAGCUCUUUAAAAGGUGGGAUAUUGUGGCAGUGAAAUCACUGGGUACAGAGUCAUUAAUUACAAUUUAAUCCACACAUUAAAUAUGAAUCACGGUGUAUGAUAUCCAUGGUGCUGCAACUCUAUAACCAAUGUAACUUUAUGUGAGGUGAGCUUGUUUACCAUUCUCUAAGUUGUAUAAAUUAUCACAAAAGUGUACUUGAGUUUCAAACUGAUGAUUAGAAGGCCUAUACUACGAAUUUGUGAACGAUUUGCAUUGUAGUUCUAAAAGUCGCUCUGAGCUCUUGGCCUAUUCACAUUAUUGUCCCGACCAAUUGUGAUACGUCCAAAGUCCCAUAUACUGUUUUACUAAAUUAUUUCGCUGCAGAUCCGAUGGUCGCUGUGGUGGCUUGUACGGACGUCGUGCCUUAUUUAGAUAGUUUAAGGAAUUUUGUUUUCAUUUUCUAAUAAAAAUAUGUAUUUACAAA